AUUUCACCAUAUGAAACAGAGCCAACUCCCAGCUUCCUCUACGGUCGUGUUUCCCAACGUGAUCUGUUGCCAUGGGAGCCGUGUGUAAACAUCCACAGCAGUCGGAGAGGGAAUUGUGUACAGGCACUGCAAUCGUUGCUGUAUGGUGAAUGAUGGAGGAGUUGCAGGAAAGAGAAGCCCCGCUGGGAGAGGUUGCAGAGAAUGUGGGCAUAGAGCAGGCAGACCAGACACUUCAAGAGCUGGAGGAGAGCCUGUCCAAGAUCCAAGUAACAACAUCUGAGAUAACAUUGUGUGUGGACAAGCCUGAGAUCCACCUGUCUGAGUUCCCAUCCUCUUACACAGAGAACACCCCCAAGGAGAAGCUGCUGCUGUCUUUUGCUGAGAACUUCCGUUUUCAGUAUUGCCACCUGUACCAGGACCGCAAGCCUCUGUUUCUGAACCCAUUGAACGAAUGUGGCAUUGAGAAGUUUGUGAGCACCACACUGCGCCCCACCCUGCUGCCCUACACAGAGAUGUACAGCUGGGAUGGCUGUGCCAGUUUCGUCAGUGACUACCUCAGAAUGGUGCCCCUGGAUCCCCCUAUCGACCCGCCUCUGGUGUUGUAUUCGCCAUCAACAGUGCUGAAGAAACAGAAAGGAACCUGCUUCGAUUUUGCCAAUCUGCUGUGCUCACUGCUGCUCGGUGCCGGCUACGAUGCCUACUGCGUCAGUGGCUAUGCUGUGAAGGAGAUCUGCCUGCGGGACCAGACUUGCCAGGAGUGCCCUCUAUUGGAGAAACACGAGCAGGGUGCAGCAUCAGAGAAGAAUGUCCCACAGAGGAAGUAUGCAGUGAAGCCCACCAGAGACCUGCGCAGUGGCUUUGAGCUGCAGCAGCUGGAGAGGAAGGAGGCAGAGGUCCUUGCUGCCCACGAGAAGAAACGCUUGGAGGCAGAGAAAUUGGAAGCUGAGCGUCAGCAGCCCCCUCCGGACUCACUGCUUGGUCUACGGGUGCACUGCUGGGUGCUGGUCCUGGCAGGGAGGCGCGAGGUCCCAGAGAACUUCUACAUCGACCCGCUGUCGGGGCGCAGCUUUGGGACAAAGGAUGAAAAUUUUCUGGGGAUUGAGAGUAUCUGGAACCACCAAAACUAUUGGGUCAACAUGCAGAACUGCAGAUACGGCUGUAAGGAGCUGACCUUUGACUUGGGUGACCCUGUAAAGUGGGAAUUCCUGCUAUUUGGGACAGGGAAACCCCUGCUGCUCAUCCCUGACAUGGAAGAGAUAGAUGACGAGGAGGAGAAAGAAGAACCAAAGGUGUUUGAUAUGCCUCCCUCGUGGGUAGAAAAGAUUGAGAUCUCCCCAAAAGACAUGGAGACACGCUGCCCUGGAGGUCGGAAGGUGGUUCAGUACAGGAAGGCCAAGCUGGAGAAGUUUGCUCCUUAUCUGAUAAGAGGGGGACUAGUCACCCGCCUCACAACAUUCAGGGAUAUUGAAUGUACCACGGUGUUAGAAGUGAAGGAGUAUUUCCAACACAGACAGGAUCACCUGGAGAAGAGAGAGUUUAAGAAGGCGAGUGGCGUGACCGUGGAACACUUCAGUCCAGGACGAUCCCACGCACUGAAAUCUCACAGGUAUUUGAUACCAGUGCCUGAAACAGAACGGCAGAUGGACUUCUACAGUGAAGCUCGAGCAGAUGGGCUGGCCAGACGGGUAGAGACGCCCUCAGAGAUGACAGAGACCUUUGAGAACCGGCCGGACUUUCUCUACUACCGGCAUGUGGUCUUUGGGAAGAGGUUGAAGAAACUGGCGCCUGCCAACUCCAACGAACCUGUCACACGAUCCAUACUGAAAAUUACAGAGUGUUUUCACCGAAACCGGGAGAAGAUCGCAAAUGAGGAUGUUGCCAAGAAGGUUUUCCUGAUUUCGGAGCUGCGGAUCCAGUUGACUUACCAUCGGGAGGAUGACCUCAUUGUGCCAUCCUGGCGAGAGUUUGUAAAGCCACCCACCUCGGAAGACAAGAGAGAUCAGAGUCUGAUCUACACUCCAGACAUAGCCACCACCUUCCAGGUAAACCCUACAGAGAAGCACAGCAAGAACCUGUUUUUAUAUGAGACUCUGAUUUCACUGCUGAAGGAAGAAGCGCAAGCCAAGCAACAAGUUAAGGAGUCAGAAAUUGAGGUACGUGAAAUCCUGUCUCAACGCAGUCAGGAGGAGAUUGUAAGCGAGCUGACCAUUUCAGUGUACGACACUGCCAGGAAUGAGAAGGCACGCACACACCGUGAGGAGAUGGAGCGAGAAGAGUAUGAGGAGAGGCUAAGGCAGGCAGAGAAAGAGCUGGAUUUCCUGGCCCCAUUCCUGACUCGGAUGGGAGAACCCGAAAACCUGUCCCGCCAAAUGGCCCUCCAACUCCGGGAAGAGUGCCUGACAGACCUCAAACAGCGCCUCAUUGACAAAGCCAACCUCAUCCAAGCUCGCUUCGAGAAGGAGACCCAGGAGCUACAGAAGAAGCAGCAGUGGUACCAGCAGAACCAGAUGUCCAUGACCAAGGAAGACGAGGAUGCAUAUCUGUCCUACUGCUCAGACACUAUGUUCCGCAUACACAUCCUUGAACUGCGCCUCAACAGACACAAGGAGCAAGCCCCUCAGAAGUACCUGGCUUUGGAGGAGAAACUGAGGAGAGACCCCCGGCUGAUUGAGCACCUCCAGAUCUGGUGAUCAGCUGAGCCCUGAUGAAGAUCUGUGACAUCCACCCCCAAACUAAUUCUGUCCAGUUCAUGAUUGCAGGAUUCCUUUUCUAUUACACAGUUACGUUGGGAUUUCCAUUACUUUUAGGGUUUACACAACCUCCAAGCUUCAGUUCAUUACAGGGUGAUACAUAAAAACGGGAAAGAGCACUCACUCCUCUGGAGCACAGCUGGGAGAAUGUUUAAUUAUUGGGACUUUUACGCUCCGUCUGUCAGGAGCCUAUUUCAAAGACUGGGGACUUACAAACAAAAUGCAGUGAAACAAAUAAAAACAGCAAUGA